UUUAAAAUAUGAGUUUGCGCGAUUGUGAAACACAUAUUUCGUUGGAUUGGAAAAGAACCAACAAUGGAGGGAAGCUCAAGCAUGGUGAGCAACCAGCAUGAUAAGGCAAAGAAAGGGUUGGAAGGCACUGCCUUAGAUAUACCCAUCAACCGUUAUGCCAAUUUGAAAAGCGCUACCAGCGACGACGACUUCACCAAUGUUCUCGCACACAUCAAAUCCUCCAAAACCCCCGCUGUUAUCAAUUAUGGCGCUUCUUGGUGUCGCGUUUGUAGCCAAAUUCUGCCUGCAUUCUGCAGACUGAGCAAUAAUUUUCCGAAGCUUACCUUUGUGUACGCAGACAUUGAUGAAUGCCCGGAAACAACUCAACACAUUCGCUACACCCCAACCUUCCAAUUUUACCGGAAUGGGGAAAAGGUGGAUGAGAUGUAUGGUACUGGAGAAGAGAGGCUCCAUGAUCGCCUGUGGUUGCACUCUUAACUACUCCGCGUAAGAGAAACAUUAUGUUUGCAAUUUCUCUAUCCAUGUAAGUAGCACUAUCAUCCAUGAAUAAUUUUUGUGAAUUGUAGAACAAAAUCUAGUUAUUCUAUGUCUCCAUAAGAAAUUUUCUUGGCUUUAA